GAAUACGAGCUGCCAGCUCUGGAUUACUUUCAUUUCCUCCUCCUUCCCUUUAACAAUGGCUGCUGCUGAUCUGAGAGACGAGCUGAACUGCUCCAUCUGCCUGAAUGUGUAUGAAGACCCUAUCAUUCUGAGAUGUGGACACAACUUCUGUUCCACCUGUAUAGGACAUUUAUUGACCUCACAAGAAGGAUCUGGAGGUUAUUCCUGUCCGCAAUGCAGGAUGCGGUUUGUAGAGCGACCUGAACUACAGAGAAAUAUCGCUUUAAGGAACAUCGCAGAACGUUUCCAGUCUACUCAUCCCGAGGAGGAACUCGGCGGAGUCUUAUGCACUUACUGCAUUAACUCUUCAGUACUCGCUGUCAAGACCUGCGUCCAUUGUCAAGCUUCUCUGUGCGAGGGUCACGUCAAGAUGCACAAUAAAUCACCAGAACAUGUGCUGAUUGAGCCCACCACUUACUCGGAGAACAGAAAGUGCCCCAAACACAAGAAGAUCUUGGAGUUCUAUUGCUGUGAGGACUCUGUCUGUAUCUGUGUCUCCUGUAGAUUGGAUGGAACACAUAAGGGGCACCAGGUUGAGUCGAUCGAAGAUGCUUUUGAGAAGAAGAGAGAAAAGUUGAGGAAUGUUCUUGGGGAUUUGUCUUCACAUAAAGCGGAGGCCAGAAGAAGGAUCCAGACUCUUCUGGGGCACAAGGACAAAGUGAAGAGGAAAGCAGCUACUUUUAACAAGAAAGUCACAAACUUGUUCAGAGACGUCCAUAAAAAGUUGGAGGCUCUUGAGAAGCGGAUCCUCGACGAGGGUCACAGGCAAGAAGAGGAAGCUACAAACUCCGUAACUGACCUCAUCCGGCAUCUGGAAGCUGAAAUAGAUGAAUUCUCCAAUAAGAUAAUAAUGGCCGAGAAGCUCUACAACAUAACGGAUCCGCUAAGCCUUUCAGAAGACAAUGGAACAAACAAAGAGGUUUAUGAAGACUCGAAGGGAACAACAACAAGAGAGGGAAACGAUGUGAAAGAUCUCCACGAAGGACCAACUUUCAAAUCAUUGCUGAAGGGUUUGUUUGAUAUUGUAAAUCAAGUGAGGUCGGAUACAUUGCAGACUGAUCCAGAAGUCGUACUAGAUGCGAAUACGGCUGGGAAGAGCAUGCGUGUUUCUGAAGACUUAAAAACUGUCACUUCUACAGAAAUAAGCAAUGAUUACCCAACAACUCCAAGGAGAUUUAGUAUUAAUCAGGUUUUAAGUAAAACUCGUUUUUCAUCAGGACGACAUUACUGGGAAGUGUUGACCAGUGAAAGGGGAAACUGGAGGAUAGGGGUCGCUUAUGUAAGUAUAGACACUAAAGGAAAGCUGAGUGCCAUUGGAUCUAACAGGAAGUCCUGGUGUCUGAGAAGGUUUUAUAACAAAUAUUCUGUUAUGCAUGGUCAGAAUGAAAUACAUUGUAUGCAAACAUUUUCCAGCCACAGGUUUGGGGUAUAUCUGGAUUAUGAGGAAGGCCGGCUCUCCUUUUAUGAACUGUGUGAUCCGGUCAGACACAUAUACACCUUUCACACCACUUUCACAGAACCCCUUCACGCUGCAUUUCUGGUAACUAAUGGUUUUGUGAAAAUCAUGAACAUGCCAUACUGAAAACUAUCAAAGAGAUCAUUUCCAAAAUACUAUUUCAGGUCUAUUGAUAUUUUAAGGGGGGGAAACAUAGACAACUGCCAAUAAGGGAUGAGCUUGGAUUCGGUCCAAACUUUGAAGGAAGCUGUCAGUACCGGCCCAAUAAGCUGUGGCUGGGACAUUCCCCACCUCAGAGUUGCAUAUACCGUAUUUAUCGGGGUAUUGCGCGCUCCGGGGGUAUAGCGUGCACCCCUAAUGUGGACCCGCAU